AUGGAGGCGCUGAGUGAUUUCAACGCCCUACAACAGCAGAUUCAAGCCUCUCUCGUCGCCGUCACUCGAUCAUCUCAGGCCAUCUCAUCUGAGGACUUGGGCUUUCACCGAUCUCUGGAUCCAUCACUAGGUCGCGCUCUCGAUACACAGAAUGCGCGGCUUCUGGGGCUUGCGGAACGCCUUUUGGGCAAUGCGGCUUCGAAUACGGAGCUUGUACGUCCCAAGUUGCCCGACACAGACGCUGUAGACGCACAGUGGAGUAGCGUCGUUGAUGUUAUCGACAGCUUGCUUGAGAAAGCAGACAUAAGCCUGGACGAAUAUACCGGUGCUGUUAAGCGCUUGAGCCCGGCAAGAGAACAGGCACAAACACCAACCAAGUCGCAAAAGUUCUCACGCAUCUCCCAAGCUCUCCGAACACAAGACAUUCCCAAACCUCAACAAAACUUCAACGACAUUCCCACAAACGCCGACACAGGACCGUUUAAACCACUUCUGCAAUCAAAGCCUCAUGCUAUCGUACCUUUCGCAAAAGCUCUGGAGCUGUUCAAGGACCACAACGAUGUUGAGCACCACCCACACCCCUACCAGAAGGAGAUCGAGCAAUACGAGUAUCCGUCAUUUGUCUACACUCAUGCCGAGCCCAUCCCAUACCACCCUUACGAAACUACCACCGCCACAUUUGUCGACACAGAGGAGAAGGUGGAUCAGAUGCUUCAAGAGCUCAAAAAGGCCAGGGAGAUUGCUAUUGAUCUGGAACACCAUGAUUCGCGCUCAUAUAUCGGUAUUGUGUCAUUGAUGCAAAUUAGUACUCGCGACAAGGACUGGAUCGUCGACACCCUUCAACCCUGGAGAAGAAAGCUAAGCAAGCUUAACGAAGUCUUCGCCGAUCCCAACAUUCUCAAGGUCUUGCACGGUGCUUUCAUGGAUAUCACUUGGUUGCAGAGAGAUUUGGGCUUGUAUGUCGUAGGCCUGUUCGACACGCAUUUCGCAUCAAGAGCUCUGGGGUACACUGGAGGAAGUCUGGCAUUUUUGCUUAAGAAGUUUGUCAACUUUGACGCCCAGAAGCAAUAUCAGACGGCCGACUGGCGCAUCCGACCCCUUCCUCAGGAGAUGUUCGAGUACGCUCGAUCCGACACACACUUUCUUCUUUACAUCUAUGACAACAUGCGCAAUGAGCUUAUUGAGAAGUCUGACUUUUCCGUUCCCAACCACGAAAAGGACAAGAUCUACGACGUCUUGACACGCUCCAAGGAUACUGCUCUACAACGAUAUGAACAUCCUGUGUAUGAUGCUGCACAGGGUCUGGGUGCUGGAGGAUGGUACAAAAUGCUGAGUCGCACGCCUGCCCUUCUGGACAAGCAGCAAUUUGCUGUCUUCCGAGCCGUUCACCAGUGGCGUGACCAAGUUGCUCGUGAGCAGGAUGAUAGCACUCACUAUGUCAUGGCCAACCACAACAUUUUCAGUCUCGCAAAGGAGAUGCCUACAGAGAAGGCACAACUGUUCGCCGUCGCUCAAAACACCAGCCAGACUGUGCGUCUGAGAGCUGAUGAGCUGCUGUCGGUCAUCAUCAAAGCCAAAGAGCAGGGCGAAAAUGGACCCGACAUGGUUUCUACAUUGAAAGAGAUUGAGGCACAACAACUGGGAGUUCCGCUCAACGAAACACCCACUCACUUUGCUGCCCUCAAACAGUCACAGCCUAAACAAGCCGUUGUGGCCGCUUCACCAGCACCUCAACCUCCAGUUCUGAACCGUGUAAACAGCAGCGAACCAUCAGGAGUCCGCGCAAAGGUCUCUCAAUUCUGGGGUGGCCUGUUUGGUGGCAAGAGUCAGAGCGAACAACCUCCACCCUACUCUUCGAACAUCUCACUUUCUGUUCCUCUUCCUCCGUUGACAGCAGAAGCCUUUGCUUCAUCGGCUCCCUUAACGGCACCACCUACUCCUGCUAGCGCCACACCCACAUCUGCUACACCUACAAGCGCACUGCCGACGCCCAAGGAUCGCAUUUUCACCCUCAAGGAGCGUGGACGUAAGCGUGAUUCUGACGCAAUGUCGACUGGCAACGACAGCCUCGCAACAAACGCUGAUGAGAUUGAUAUUACGGCGGAUGAGACCUUGGAAGCUAAGCGCGAGGCCAAGCGUCAACGCAAGGAAGCGAAGAAGGCAGCAAAGGAGGCGGCAGCACAACACGCGGCUGAAGUUGAUCUGGAAGAAGAGGAAUUUGAUUACGCAGCUGCACCAAGUGUGCUAGAUGCCAACAAGGAGGAUCCUCGCGACAGGAAGAAGAACAAGAAGGAGCCCAAGACGAAAGCAUUCAAUCCGUUCAUCAAGGCAAUGGACACGAUGAAGGGUAUGCCUAGAGGGCAAAAGGAGAGGGCUGGCAAGAGUAUGACUUUCAGAAAGUAG